UAAAUCGCUUUUUCGUUUUUCCUCAAGCUUUUAAGAUUAAUCUUAAGAACACAGUAACAGAGCUGAGAUUCCCUAAAAUAAUACUUUACAGAAUUAUACAAUUAAAUCGCUUUUUCGUUUUUCCUCAAGCUUUUAGGACUAAUCUUAAGAACUGUCAAAAACAAAAUUACCUGUAGAGCUAAAUUUGCAAUUAGUAAGAUUUAGGGGACUGAAAGUGCAAUUUAACGCAUCCUUUUAUCGCUAGGAAUUUCAGUACUUCGUUUCCCAACAUUGUGAAGAUUUCAGAAACCAUAUUGAGAAAGAUAACUGCGUUUUGCAGUCCGCUGCCCUCAUCGCUCUCAUGAAUUCCACCUGCGAUUUAUAGCUGUUAAUUUUUUGAAUCACCAUAUUUAAUGGCGGGUCGGGGUUCUUCCUCCAAACGGGAAUCGUCAAAGAGGAAACGCGAGAAGACUUCCUCUCAGAAGAAGAGCCGAAGUAAGAAGCAAAAGCGUGCUUACAAUUCGGAUUCCUCAUACUCCAAUGAAGAAUCAUUAAGCCCAGAACCCACAUCAAAAUCUGAACACAAAAAGAAAAUACGCAAAAAGAAGAAGCUUUCGAGUGGCCACUCAACAUCAUCCUCAUCUUCGUACAGCGAUCGAUCUGUGAGCUCAGAUUCUGAUUCCUCAUCAAGCGGUUAUAGGCGUAAGAAAGCCAAACGAUCACGGGUUAUAGUAAAGAGCACAAAAAAAUUGUCCCGGAACAAGUCCACACGCAGUGGGAGAAAACCGAAAAGAUCGCGUAGAGAUGAUUCUGCUAAACCCAAAAUUAGAUCAUCAAAGAAGAAGACCCAAAAAUAUAUCAGCCAUUAUUCAGGUUCCGAUUCUGAGAGCUGCUCUACUUGCCAGAGUACUAGCAGCAGCAGCUCGGAAGAUAGCGAGCCAAAAACGAGUAAAAUGGUUCUUGACAAAGAAAGAAAAAGGUUUAGAGGUAGAAAUUCUUAUGAGGAUCGUGAAAAACUUGAAAGAGGCAGUAAACAUUGUGUGAGUGCCGGACAUGAUGAUGUGGCAUUAUCGCCAGUGAUUAAUAAUUCUAGACGGCUGAAGUCGGUUAUUGCUUUUGCCGAUCAUAGGUACGAUGAUGAUGAAGAAGUGGAGAAAAGCAGAUGGGCCAUGAACCCGCACGAAGAAGAGAUUGUGUAUGACCAAAAUGAUUACCCUUCUCUCAAAAGUCCAGACAGUAAUGAAGAGGGAACUAAAAUGGAGCUUGGUGAUCAAUCUCACGGUAAUUUGAGUAAGAUGAUUGGUGUAAAAGAUGUUGUCGAUGAUAAUGUCGAUAAGGGGAAAGAGGUUGAUGAUAAGUCUGUGCUUGAAUCGAUUUUGAGGCAAAGAGCCUUGGAAAAUCUGAAGAAGUAUAAAGGGAGGCUUCAAACAGGUCAAACAAGCUUGAAUUUAGAAAUGAAUGAAAAGGAUAAUGCGAAAAUGCCGCCAGAUGUAACUACAGUUAGCUCUGAUUUUCAAAAAACGAACCAGAAUAGCGGGCCCUCACAAAAAAGUGAUCUUUCUCAGACAACAGAUGCUAAGAGUCUCCUGGUUGGUGAAAAUAUCGAUAAAGAACAUGGAAUAAUCGUACAGACUGCCGAGCAGCUAAAUGAUGGGCCACCUGACAAGUACAUCAAUUCUGAUGUUGGCCUGAAUAAAACUGUUUCAAACUCAGAACCAUCUUCUUCUUCUGUUGGGGAGCAUAAGUUAGAGAGAGAAAAUGAAGCUAAGGAUGGCUCUUUUGAACAGAAAACGAUGACUGUGAUGAGGGGAGGGGAAAUGGUACAGGUAAGAGAGUUCUUAUGUGGCUUUGAUUAUAUUGAUGAUUGCGAUUUUCUUUUUAAAAAAAUUGAUAGUUGGAAUUGGUAUUUC